AUGCCCGUUUCGAAGGUGGUGGCUUCGCUCUCACUCCAGAAAAUCUCGCCCGCCUCAGUGAGUCACCGUUUUUGUUGUUUCGCGAAAGGUUGCUGUUCAAAUCUAUCUAUCUAUCUAUCUAUCUAUCUAUCUAUCUAUCUAUCUAUCUAUCUAUAUAACAAACAGAAAACUUUAAGGCCUCAAACCGUCACGGAGACAGAGCUCAAACCGGCACGGGGACGGGGCCUCAAAUCGGCACGGAGAAAUGACCUCAAACCGGCGCUGAGGCAGGGCCUCAAACCGUCACGGAGACAGGGCUCAAACCGACACGGGGACAGGGCCUCAAAUCGGCACGGAGAAAUGACCUCAAACCGGCGCCGAGGCAGGGCCUCAAACCGUCACGGAGACAGGGCUCAAACCGGCACGGGGACAAGGCCUCAAAUCGGCACGGAGACAGGGACUCAAAUCAACACGGAGACAGUCCUCAAACCGGCACGGAGACAAGCGAGAGUUUGUUGCGGAAGCGAUGUCAGCCUUUUUGUGUUCAAAUCCUCUUUUCUGUUUUUGCUCAUUUUUUUCUUUCUUUCAAGUUUUCCUUCUUGGAAAGACGCAGAUACUGCAUUUCGUCCUCUUCUCUUCUUAACCCACUCUCUCUCGGGAAGAUGCUUUCUUAUCUUUGCUUUCUGUUCUCGAGUUGGGUGGUUGAGUUAUCCCGUUUCAUCUCUGUUAAGCAAACUCAGACCGUGCUUUGUUUGCAUUCUUUCUCGUUGCUUUAUUUCUUGUUCUUGCAUGUUAAUUCUCUUAACGUUCACUCGCACAAACGCCAUCAAGAUGGCCUAUGCUAUUAUGUUUGGUUACCUCGCAACCACGCCAGUUUGGCGCCUUUUUCAUCGGCACAUCGCCAUUUUGAAUUCAACCUAG